CUGCCUGCCCUACUGCCCGUCUCCUAGGCCACUAAGCCACAGAUGUCCCCUGGAGUAAGGCAAGGGGGGGUGGUAGGGCAGAGCGGAAGCCUGAGCCAGACCAGGAGCUACCUCUUCUCCCAGGGACUGACAUGGCCAGAUCCAUUACAACACAGCUGCUCCUUCUGGUGGGGGUGGCCGCCGUGUGGGCAUCCCGGCCCAAGACUGACCUGCUCAACAUCUGCAUGGACGCCAAGCACCACAAGAUAAAGCCAGGCCCUGAGGACAAGCUGCACGGGCAGUGCAGUCCCUGGAAGAAGAAUUCCUGCUGCUCCACCAACACCAGCCAGGAAGCCCACAAGGACAUUUCCUACCUGUACAGUUUCAACUGGAACCACUGCGGCAAGAUGGAGCCCGCCUGCAAAUGGCACUUCAUCCAGGACACCUGCCUGUAUGAGUGCUCCCCCAACCUGGGGCCCUGGAUCCAGCUGGUGAACCAGAGCUGGCGCAAAGAGCGAAUCCUGAAUGUGCCCCUGUGCAAAGAGGACUGUCAGCUCUGGUGGGAAGACUGCCGCACUUCCCACACCUGCAAGAGCAACUGGCACACAGGCUGGGACUGGACCUCAGGGUAUAACCAGUGCCCACUGGAAGCUUCCUGCCAACGCUUUGAUUUCUACUUCCCCACACCUGCUGCUCUGUGCAGUGAAAUCUGGAGUCACUCCUACAAGGCCACCAACUACAGCCGAGGGAGCGGCCGCUGCAUCCAGAUGUGGUUCGACCCUGCACAGGGCAACCCCAAUGAGGAGGUGGCGAGGUUCUAUGCUAAGGCCAUGAGUGGGGUUGGGCUCUGUGAGGCCAGGCCUCUCCUGGGCCUGACCACUGCUCUGGCUGCUCAGCUGAGCUCCUUUUACUUCCUCACGCUUGGAUAGCCCUGCCCUGUUCAGCCCCACAGCUCCUGGGUAUUAAGUUCCUGUUUCAUGGGGGGGCCUAUGACUAACAGUUUGAAUAAAUCAGACAUCCCACA